GAUAAGCGCCUCUCAAAACCUGAAACCCAAGAAGCUAAGACACAGGAGAAAAGAUAUUCAAAAAAAGAAAAGCGCAUACGUCAAGAAAUGAACCAGAAGGAAGGGGAGAACACAUUUCGCGAAACCCUUUCCAAAAUGGCAGAUAUCGAGCCCCGCACACUGGAAGCUGCGAAACGAGUGAAACAGAUUGCAAAAAAACGGACAUCUACAUUGGAUGGCCAAUCUACUGCAGUUGAUCAAGACACACCCGUCUUGGAUGAAAUGUUCUGGGAUCUGGAUUUUUAAAUGCCGAUGAUUCGCAAGGCGUGACUACCGGCGAUGAGGUGAGGUCGAAAUAUUUCAUCGUACCCAAGGAAACAAUGACAGCAUCUUUCUCUUUGAGCGAAGGUCAAAAUCAAAUCCCUGAGAAUAUUGGAUUGGUUUCCAAUAAACGACACCUGCCCUCCACCCUGCUUUCCACCGAUUCAGAUCUUAGUGAUGUACCCGGUGAUUUCGACAACAAGUCGGUUUCUUCUCAAGAUUCACCCUUGCGAGUGCAGGUCAUCUCGCAGGCUGAAGAGCCAAUGACUCCGACGAAAGAAAAGAUCACCGGGGGUGUUCAUCUCCUGUCUAAAGUACCUCGCCCCAAGAUCCAGAAAAUAUCUCCUUACUUUCCAAAACCCCUGAUCGACCCAGAUUCAUGCCUUCCAUUCCCACCUAUUGAUGCGCCGUCUUUCGGGCUAGUCCAAGAGCAACUUGCCCACGAUCCGUUCCGACUACUCAUUGCCACCAUCUUUCUCAACCGUACCCGCGGAAGCGUUGCGCUACCGGUCCUUUUCCAAGUUUUUGAUCAUUAUCCCACCGUUGAGGCUCUGGCAGCGGCUGAAAUCCCAGACCUGGCAUCUCUUAUCCACUGUCUUGGAUUUCAGAACCAGAGAGCAAAGAAGUGUGUCGGUAUAGCGCAGAUCUGGCUCGCCUGCCCUCCAACCAAAGGAAAGCGCUAUCGCAGACUUCACUACCCCUGCAAGCAGGAUGGACUGGAUGUCAAACAGGAUGAAUGCAUUGGUGACGAAGACCCCCGCAUAGCCUGGGAAAUUGCACACCUUCCUGGUGUGGGUCCUUAUUCUCUGGAUAGUUGGAGGAUCUUCUGCCGCGACAAGCUCAGAGGAGUGGCAUCGGACUGGAAAGGAAAUGGGGCUGCAAUGGCAGGCUUUGUCCCCGAAUGGAAGUCGGUCUUGCCCCAAGACAAAGAGUUGCGGGCGUAUCUGACAUGGAUGUGGUUGAAAGAGGGUUGGGUCUGGGACCGACACACGGGAAAGAAAACAUUGGCAACUGCGAGACUCAUGCGAGCUGCGCACCGGGGAGGUGUGGCCCAUGAGGAAAACGGGAACUGGGUUCUGGAUAUGUCGCCGGUGAAGAAGGCGUCGAAUGGAUUAACGGCAUGGAGUUAGGCAUACGGGGAAGGGCUGCCGCACUGGGUUGGCGGCCAUGGAAGCCAUUUGGAUUAACGGUUU